ACACCAAAUGCUCAAGAAAUUUGGAUGACACGUUGAUCAUCUUGCAAUCGCCGGUUUCAGAGAUUAUUCUAAAUGCUGACAGCACAGCAGUCAGGCCAAACAUGCCAGCAUUGCAAGGUGACAUGAAGAAUAAUCAUGAAUAUUGAAUUCAAAUGUUGCUUCUGUUAAUAUGCAGCAUCCAGCUAUCCUCUCUUCAUACGAUCUGAAUCUAACAUUAAAUGAUUAAACUACACAAUCGUGCAGGUGAUUUUGCUUCCAGUUAUCUAGACAUCCCAUGUUGGCCAGAAGCUCAAUAGCACCUUGUCACCGAUAAGAUUCUUGCUGUCUACAAGGUCAGCGAUGCCACUUCUUCAGCUUUUUCAUUAUAUAUAUAGAGGACAACCAUGGCAGGUCGACAGCAUUUCAGCAGUUUCCUUUGUGCUCUCUUCUCUUCCAUUUCUAGAGGAAAACAGAGCACUUCAGCUUCCAUUGAAGCCAUGGCCUUCCACCUCAGAUCAGCUAGCGUGCCUUCCAGUCCUCGCUCCAAUGACGUCAAUGUUGAAGAACAGCUCCAGAGCUUGAACACAACCAUCUCUUCAUCUUGUGCCACCAUAGGAACCAUGUGCGAUGGUUUGAGAAAGCUUGGAGAAAUUUACAACUACAUUAGUGAGCUUGUGUGCUUACCUAGCAGCCAAGUUCCAAAGCAGAGGAAAGCAGUGGAGCAAGAGCUUGAGUGCUCGCUUGUCUUGCUCGACCUUUGCAACACAAUGCAAGAAAGCUUCUCUGAGCUCAAUGAAAGCAUCCUGGACAUGCAGCUGGCUCUCAAGAGAGGAGAUGAUGCAGUUGUUCAAACCAAGAUCCAGUCAUACAUCCGUAUGGCGAAGAAGACACAAAAACAGUUCAAGAAUAUCAGCAAGGAGUCUGCAGCAGCUGAUCAGGAAAGCUGCAAACUGAUCAAGGUGAUGUCUGAAGCCAGGGAGACUGCUGUCUUGAUGCUGGAAUCUUCAUCCCAACUCUUGUCGAAACAAAUGGUGGUACCAAGUCACAGCAAGUGGUCUCUCAUCUCCAAGACUUUCCGGAAGAGAAGAGUUGUGUGUGAGGAGGAGCAACUGCAGGAGUUGGAGUUGGACAUUGUUGAUCUUGAGAGUGGAGUUGAGACUUUGUUCAGGAACUGAUCCAGAGCAGGGUUUCUCUUCUGAAUGCUCUUUGCUUGUAGAUCAUACACCAACUGUGAUUCCUAGUGAUUAGUAUCCGACUUUUCGAGGAUUAGCUAAUCAUGAAAACAAUUUUUUGAUGUAUAUUAUGAGAAAGUGUACAUAGAUAUUCUCAAUGAGAAAAUCAAAAGUUUUGAUCCAUCUCAUGCUGUCAGUUUUUCUGCUGUUUCCUUUUUCUUGUCCAGAAAAUAGUAAACUUUUCUGGUGUUAUGAAAAAAAAUGGUAACGGUUCAGUCACAGCUAAGCAAAUGAAAUGUUGCUCAACAGCAGACAGAAGAUCCUUGUAAAGUGGAUCAUGCUCUCUCUCUAAGUGAUAGCAUGUCAGCUCCAGCCAUGAGGCUUAAGC